CGCCGCCCGCCCGCCUUCCCCGCCGCCGGCGGGGGACGCCGCGCGGCCGAGGGAUGCGAGGGCCCGUCGUCUCCCACCUCCUGCUCGGCGUGCUGCUCAGACUGGUGUCAGGGAAAGGAGAAGCAAAAUCUGCCUCACGGAGCCUCCCGCAACCAAUGUCUCCCUCUGAUUUCCUGGACAAGCUCAUGGGCCGGACGUCGGGGUACGAUGCCCGCAUCAGACCCAAUUUCAAAGGCCCGCCCGUCAACGUGACAUGCAACAUCUUCAUCAACAGUUUUGGUUCGGUCACUGAAACAACCAUGGACUACCGCGUCAACGUCUUCCUGAGGCAGCAGUGGAACGACCCCCGCCUGGCCUACCGGGAAUACCCUGACGACUCCCUGGACCUCGACCCAUCCAUGCUGGACUCCAUCUGGAAGCCGGAUUUGUUCUUUGCCAAUGAGAAGGGUGCCAACUUCCACGAGGUCACCACCGACAACAAGCUCCUGCGCAUCUUCAAGAAUGGCAACGUGCUCUACAGCAUCAGGCUGACACUAAUCCUGUCCUGCCCCAUGGACCUCAAGAACUUCCCAAUGGACAUCCAGACCUGUACGAUGCAACUGGAGAGUUUUGGCUACACCAUGAACGACCUGAUCUUUGAGUGGGUGAAGGAGCAGGAAGCUGUGCAGGUGGCCGAAGGCUUGACGCUCCCUCAGUUCAUUUUGCGGGAUGAGAAGGACCUGGGCUAUUGCACAAAGUCUUACAACACAGGGAAGUUCACCUGCAUCGAGGUGAAGUUCCACCUGGAGAGGCAGAUGGGCUACUACCUGAUCCAGAUGUACAUCCCCAGCCUGCUCAUCGUCAUCCUUUCCUGGGUCUCCUUUUGGAUCAACAUGGAUGCUGCCCCUGCCCGGGUGGGCCUUGGCAUCACCACGGUGCUAACCAUGACCACGCAGAGCGCGGGCUCCCGGGCGUCUCUGCCAAAGGUCUCCUACGUCAAAGCCAUUGACAUCUGGAUGGCUGUCUGCCUCCUCUUCGUCUUCGCCGCCUUGCUGGAGUAUGCCGCCGUCAACUUCGUCUCCCGCCAGCACAAGGAGUUCAUGCGCCUGCGCCGAAGGCAGCGGCGGCAGCAGAUGGAGGAGGAGGUUGUCCGCGAGAGCCGCUUCUACUUCCGAGGCUACGGCCUGGGCCACUGCCUGCAGCACAUGAAGGACGGUGGGGCAAUGGAAAGUCUUGACAUCUACAGGCCACCCCCUCCCACCUCGCUCCUGAGGGAGGACGAGAUGCUCCGGAGGCGCUACCUGGACAGGGCCAAGCGCAUCGACACCAUCUCUCGGGCAGUCUUCCCCUUCACCUUCCUGGUCUUCAACAUCUUCUACUGGGUGGUCUACAAAGUGCUUCGCUCAGAGGAAGUCCACCAAGCCACGCCCUGAGCUCUUACCAGGACUCGGAAGCCAAGUCACAAGGACCUUGGGAGCUGCAUUCUGUCUGGCGUUCACCUUGCAAAGCAUUGGGAUGUUGACCUCUCUCUCCCCCACGCCCUUCGUGUUUCCUGGACACAAGUUUCCCAGUGCUGGCCAAGAAAGUUGUCGAGCUGUGCAUGGCAUGAGAAGGCCCAAAGCAAAGCUUACUCCCACUUCUUCCUCCAGUACCUCCACCACCGGAGCACGGCAUUUAAGGGUGGGGCGUGUUUCUCAAAGUGCCCCAGGGAUUUUAAGGUGCCCCUGCCUACUGGAGGCACCAGAGUUUCUACCCUAGACCUGUGUUGCUGCUCCUUCACCCCAGCAAGGAGGUGGGAGAGUCAGUGGGACCCAGUUUUCUAGCUCCGUAGCACAGUGUGCUGCCACCGCCUCCAUUGCCAUCUAACCCACAAUCCCACCAAUACUUAGCCAGCAUGGUCCAACAGAGGAUCCUUGAGGAGGACAUUUCCCAGUCACACAGCAUGGUCCUUACAUCAGCUGGGCUCCUGCCCUGCCUUAGUAGCAUGGAUAUGUCUUGCAAGCAACGUCACUUCCUGCCAUCUCCCCAGCACCAACACCACCCAUAGAUCUGGAAGACCAACCAAACCAGCAGUGGUGCAGGGGGUGGGGGUGGGGGGACUGGGACAUGGUGCAGAGAUGAAGGUCCUUAAGGACAAGGCAGGAGUGGUCAGUCCUUGAUGGUCCAGAACCUGCCCAGAAAUGGAAACAAAAGGAAGGCACAAGUAAUGCAACUCUAUCUCGCUGCGUGUGUGUUUAUACUUUUUAGAAGUGUUUAACUGCUGCUUGGAUGGACUAUGGGAGAAAUGUUUUGGUGUCCUCAUUCAAUGCAGUUCAGUUCUUUUUUUGGGGAGGGUAACAUAGCUCUUAUUCCUUUGCAUCUUUAAGCUGUUUAUCAUGGUUGCAUUGAGAUAUAUCUUUGUUUACAUUAGAGCAUAUGACAUGCAACAAUUACAUAAAAUUAAAACAAUAAACACACAGACAAAUGUUUCUGACAAGGUUGUGUCAAAGUGUAUAUAGCAAAAAUAUGACAAUUACUACAGAUAUGAAAUGGUGCAAAGUAACAGUGACAAUAAGUAAGAGGAAUUUUGUAUCAAUAACAAUUAGAAUUUAUAGGAAUUUAUAGGAAAGGGGUAGGGGGAAAGUUAAAAUAUGUCCUUCAUGCACGCUAGACUGUGCUGUAAACUUUGGGUACGGUUCUUCCAUAUGCCUCUUUAUUUGUGUAAUCAAUAAAGUCACAUCAGAUUGCAUAAAAAUCA